AUGUCGUCUUGCGCCGGCGCCACGGUGGCGUUCCGGGAUGCCGCCGGUGCCGGCGAGGAGGCCCUCACCGCCUCUCUGCUCUCCAAAGCCGAGGUCCGGCUACCGGUGGAGGACCUGCCGCCGGUGCUCACGAGCAAGCCGCCAGGCCGGUUCGCCAGGGCGGUGAAGGAAGCCUGGUCCGUCUCGCUGUCCGUCACAUUCCCCAUGAUGCCGUCGAUGUCAGCCGGCGCGGCGGGCGCGGAGGCGCGGUCCAUCCUGGGCCUCGCGCUGCCGAUGAUCCUCACGGGCCUGCUCCUGUACCUCCGCUCCAUGAUCUCGAUGCUCUUCCUCGGUCGCCUCGGCGGGCUGGCGCUCGCGGGCGGCUCCCUCGCCAUCGGCUUCGCCAACAUCACGGGAUACUCCGUGCUGUCCGGGCUCGCCAUGGGCAUGGAGCCCAUCUGCGGGCAGGCCUUCGGCGCGGGCCAUUACGAACUCCUCGGCGUCACCACGCAGCGCGCCGUGCUGAUGCUGCUCGCGGCCGCCGUGCCCAUCGGCGGUCUGUGGGUGCACAUCCGGCCUCUGCUCCUGCUCUGCGGCCAGGACGCCAGCAUCGCCGCGGUCGCCGAGACAUACAUCAUUGCCUCCCUACCGGACCUACUCCUCCAGGCGUUCCUCCACCCCGUCCGCAUCUACCUGCGGACGCAGUCCAUCAACCUGCCGCUCACCCUGUGCGCCGCGCUCGCCAUUGCGCUCCACCUCCCCAUCAACUACGUGCUCGUCUCCGUCCUCGGCCUCGGCAUCAGCGGGGUGGCAUUGGCCUCCGUACUCGCCAACCUGAACCUCCUCCUCUUCCUCUUCGCUUACAUCCUCUUCAAGGGCGUCCACGAGCGCACCGGCGGCUUCGCGCUCUCGGCCGAGAGCUUCUGUGGGUGGGGCGAGCUCGUCAGCCUCGCCCUGCCGAGCUGCGUCAGCGUCUGCCUCGAGUGGUGGUGGUACGAGAUCAUGAUCCUCCUGUGCGGCCUGCUCGCGAACCCGCAGGCAACGGUGGCCAGCAUGGGCAUCCUCAUCCAGACCACGUCACUCAUCUACAUCUUCCCGUCCUCGCUCGGCUUGGGCGUCUCGACGCGCGUCAGCAACGAGCUCGGCGCGAACCGGCCCGACCACGCGGGCCGCGCUGCCACGGUCGGCCUCAUGCUCGGGUUCGCGUUCGGUGGCGUGGCGUCCGCGUUCGCGUACCUCGUGCGCGGCGCGUGGGCGACCAUGUUCACGGCCGACCCGGCGAUCGUCGCGCUCACCGCGUCCGUGCUGCCCAUCCUGGGCGCUUGCGAGCUCGGUAACUGCCCGCAGACCACCGGCUGCGGCGUGCUGCGGGGCAGCGCGCGGCCCAAGGACGCCGCCAGCAUCAACCUCCGGUCCUUCUACCUGGUGGGCACACCCGUGGCGCUUGUCCUCGCCUUCUGGUACCACUACGACUUCCAGGGUCUGUGGCUGGGCCUCCUCGCGGCGCAGGCGACCUGCCUGGUGCGCAUGCUGCUGGUGAUCGGGCGGACAGAUUGGGCCGCCGAGGCCAAGCGCGCGCAGCGGCUCACCGGAGCAGGCACGGAAGGGGAGACCAAAGAGGGCAGCGGCAAGGGCAGUCGUGUCAUUGAAGUCGCAGCAGCCGGCGAAGACGAGGAGCUGGGCUUGGCGAUUGGCCAAAGGAUCAGCGCUGACAUUCAACUGCGUGCCGUUCGACAAUUCGAGACAUUUUUUGUCAUAUAA